AAGUCAACAUGCUGCCGCCAAUCUCUCGUUGAUACCGGCUCGCUUACAUUCAAUCUGGCUGUGGGACAUCAUUACUGAUGCCAACGCCCUCAAGCCCCAUCUCUCUGUCAUUUCCUUUAGGAAGCAUGUGCAUGACUGACCUCAACCUGACGCAACCGCCAUGGCUGCCUCUGUUCUACUAGCUCUCGUUGCCGCCAUCCCCCUGCUUCCUCCUCUUGGCAUCCUUCUAGCACGCUUCAUCCUUCGAGUAUGGGGUUGGUCUCUGCUAUCACAGUCCCGCGGACGGAGAGCCGCCAUUGUUGUCAAGGUCGCAAAGGAUAGAGCGGCGUUGACAGCGGAGCAAGAUCUGCAGCUGGACACUGACGAUGGCUGGGAGAAAGUCGAACGAGUUGGGGAGGCCGCUAAUGGCGAGUCCCUUCCAGAAGAGUGGCAUGGUGUUGUAGGAUUCUUCCACCCUUUCUGCAACGCUGGUGGGGGAGGAGAACGAGUUCUUUGGGCAGCAAUUGCCGCUACGCAACGAAGAUGGCCCCAAGCAACCUGUGUAGUCUACACAGGCGAUCAUGAUAUUGACCGCGAUGUUGUGGUGGCAACGGUGGAAAACCGCUUUGGGAUCAGGCUACAAGAACAUUCUCUCGUCUUCAUCUAUCUCACCAGGCGCCGAUUUGUUCUCGCCAGCACGUAUCCAUUCUUCACUCUUGCCGGCCAGUCCUUUGGCUCAUUGAUCUUGGCUCAUGAAGCUUUUCAACUGCUCGUCCCGGACAUUUUUAUCGAUACAAUGGGUUACGCAUUCGGGCUGGCCUUUUGCAGAUUUCUGUUUCCCAAAAUCCCUACAGGAGCAUAUGUCCAUUACCCUACCAUUUCCACGGAUAUGCUUGAAAGCCUUGACGACACUACAGGUGAAAAGGGCAUCCAUUCAGGUGCAGGGACUGGCUUGAAGGGUCGUGGCAAACGGUUAUACUGGCGAGCCUUUGCAUGGCUGUACGGCUGGGUUGGAAGCCAAAUCGAUGUGGUCAUGUGCAACUCAUCAUGGACCUCGGGGCACAUUCGACAGCUUUGGAAACCCAAAAGACCUUCCUCAAAUUUCGCCUCUGUUGUCUAUCCGCCAUGCCCGGUAGAGGAGCUAGAAGCGAAGAUCCAGUUGACACCAGAGAGCGAGAAGAAGCGGGAAAACAUUGUGCUCUACAUUGCCCAAUUCCGCCCCGAAAAGAACCAUUCACUCAUUCUGCGUUCAUUUGCCAAGUAUCGCCGUCAGUCCAAGAAAGAUCCCAAGCUCGUUCUAAUUGGGUCGGUGCGAAGCAAUACUCCGGACGAGAAACACGUUUACAAGUUACGAUUGGAAGCAAGAGAAUUAAAGAUCGACGAUGCGACCACCUUUAUCUGCGACGCCCCGUUCUCCACGAUAUUGAAAUACCUCCAGAGAUCGAGUGUGACCACCAAUGGCAUGUACUCGGAGCAUUUUGGCAUCGGCAACGUGGAAGGACUUGCUGCGGGACUGAUUCCUGUGGUUCAUAAUAGCGGCGGACCCAAACUCGACAUUGUGGUUCCGUAUAAAGGCCAGCCUGUGGGUUACCUUGGAGAAUCAGACCAAGACUAUGCUGAAGGUUUCCUCAAAGUGGAAUCUCUCGACGCCCAGGAACGAUACCAGAUGAGACAGAGGGGUCGCGCUAGCACCAAACGUUUCACAGAAGCGGCUUUCGCAGACAAGUGGAUAAGUGAGAUGCAAGUGCUGGUCACGUUGCAAUCUUCCAGGUCGGGAGAUUGGUUGUGAGGUUCAUACGGAGGGUUCAUAUGGAGGUUUUUUCCAGUGGCACGCCUCUUGGGUGUCACUUUGAAUUGGUUGUUCAGGAGAAUCUACCCAUCUACUCGGCCCUCUGAUCCAGCGAGAUUCUAUUCCAUGUGCUAUUAAAGCGGCGAUAGUACCUAGAAGUUAAGACCAAAAGCAGCCACAUGUAUGACUAAUUGAUUGCCAAGAUCGGCGAGAACCGCCUGCAAGGCUCUGGCGUGCCUGAUCUGCAGUUGUCAAAAGAUCA